AUGCUUGCCGGAAGAGUAUCCAGUCACAGUGUAAGACUUCUCACGCUAUGUCUACUCUUUGUUCAGACCUACGCCAAUCGUGAAAUCACGUACACGCCAAUUACCAACUUCAGUGGACGCAUACUUUAUCAAAGAAAUGUGGAAAGUGAGGACUUAUGCUUGAACAUCUGCUACGACUGUCUAUACUGCAAAUUCGUUUCUUUCUCGGAGGACAUCUGCACUCUCUAUCAAAUGGGAUCGAACACUUAUUCGCUCAAUGAGGUUACCUACGAACUUAAGCAUACAGCGGAUUUGGAUUAUAACCCCACAUGCGCGAGGGAAGUUCCACUUCGCCCUACUGUGCGAUUCGAGCCCAUAGAUGUGCAGAAUACUGAAAGCAUAACGUGCAGUGGAGCCCCAUCUGACGUGACUACUAUCUACAUGUACUUCACAGAUAGAGAUUUCACGCUGUUCGCUAACACCAAAUUGGAGGACUUCAAAGUAGCUAAAAGACUUGAUUUUGCGAGGACUUCGCAGCCACACUGCGAUUCGGUACCCGUCUUUACUGGACCAAGCAGCAGCCGACUGUAUUUCGGGACUGCCUUUAACGUCAGCGGAUACCACUUCCUGAACGCCUAUGCUUUCGCUGGGAAGUGCACUUGUAAUGGAGCUUGCUGUGGAGACAUCGCCAUUGACGAAUACUACUGGAAAGGUCAUGGAUAUGCUUAUGUCAAUUCCUUGCACUCUAUCAUGCGCUAUUGUAACUUGCUAAAUGAACAACAGCAAUUCUUCAUAGUUGAUGCCCAGUGGUUAGUUUGA